AUGACCACAACCAUUCUGGAUCCUAAGACAAAGGAAAUGGAGAUUCACUCCUCAGCCUUGUCUCUGAGAUCUAACAGUACUCUAAGCACGCUCAUCGAGAGUCCAUCCUCUUUUUAUCCAUCACGCAUUUUAACCAUCAAUGCGCAAGGCAUUCGAGCCUUUCGUCUCCCACUGCCAUCCCGCCAAACCGAGAUCUUCAUCUACAACCCAGAUGGCACCGAGGCGUACGUCUCCACGCGCGACAAACUUUGCUCAGGUAAUGCGAUCCUGUCUCACCCAGAGCGCGGAAGUCUCAUACGGACUGAAUACUUCUUCGGUCCGGGCCGUGAUCCCGUGGUACACCUGCUUCAACCUUCCAGUGACAUUUCCGAGGAACUGAGUGUCACUGGGAAAUGGGCCUCCCGCACAAUGCGCUUUGGUAUGCCUGGUGGUAAAGAGUUCGAAUGGGAAUAUGCCAAGGGAAAAAGGGCAGAUGGGCAGAAAGUCAAUUUGAUUGUUUUUCAUGCAGUGGAAGAAGAGAAGGGCAAGAGUAAAGAGACUCGGGGCCAUAGGAUUGCACAGCUAGUUCGAGGAGAGGAUUCUCGGACGCCCGGCACAUCGCGAUCUUCUGCGGGCAAUGGGGGUGAAUUGCAGAUUGAUGAAGCUGCAUUACAGUCCCUGGAACUGGAUGAAGCGGUUAUUGUUGCAACUUGUUUGAUGAUGUUGAAGAAAGAGAUUGACCGACGUAGACUGAUUCAAUUUGCGUUGAUCGCGGGAGCUGGUGGUAGUUGA